AUGGCCUGGCCGUGGUGGACCGCGCCCGCCCCUCCCACUUGGCCCCGCCUCUUCCGCCCAGUUGCCCGGCCCACGUCCUCCUGCCUAGCCACAGCCCUCCCGGACUCUCCAUCCGCGCGACCCUGCCGGCUCCUUCCCAGCCCAGGGCUCCUUCCCAGCCCAGCGCUCUUUCCCGGCCCAGCGCUCCGCCCCAGCCGAGCCCUCCUCCCGUGGUCCGCAUCCGCCCCCAGCCUGUCCCGGUCCAGAUCUUGUGCCCCGGCGCACCUCGAGCCGGCUCACCGCGUUCUUUCAGAGGGUGUCCCCUCUCCGGGCCGGCGAAACCUGUGCACCGAUCUCUGUCUCCUGGUCUGA